GUUGGCUCUACCUAUUUGGCAGCGAAUGGAAAAACUGCGACUUUUCCCGACGACUUUUCAAUUCUUCACCUCAAGCCGACGCAUCUAAUCCCCUUGAGCCACUCCGACUGGGUCCAUUGACAAGCCAUUGUCGACCACCGACUAUCGUCAAUACCGAUCCUUUCGCUCUCCGUCCCGUUCGCCCUUUUUUUGCGACUCUAAUUCCCAAUGGCUUCGACCGGAGUGAACGUUUUGCGGUGGUCCGCCCUUGGCCUGGGUAUCUUUUACGGUUUCACCCACCAGCGAGCGAUUACUGCUUCGCAAAAGGCCGAGCAUGCGCAGCACGAGUACGAGAAGAAGGAGAAGCUUAUCCAGCAAGCCAAGGCCGAGUUUGCUAAGAAGAACAACCCAACAUCUGGCGACUCUGUGAUCACCGACCCCUCAGACCCCAAGUUUGAUCUCGAGAAGCUGCUGUUGAAGGUGCAGAAGGAGAACCCUUAAAUAUGUAAUACCGGCGCGGGGAAACACAACGCAAGAUACGGGAAGGGAGAGGAUGGAAGCAAAGGGAGGUUUCGGCGAAAAGGUUGACCAACCGUAGGGAAAUAGGUCCUGCUGAGGCAUAAUCCGAGCCUCGAACCAGACUCGGUGUAUGAUUGAGGAUAUACAUGGCGGCCCUGCAUAGAUGUUUCCUUAGGUCCCUGUUUAACUCUGUGUACAGGUGUACAAUAUAUCUACUUUAGACGACAAGAAAAACGUCAAUGGUUUUGGCUAGGGCUUGUAACACUUGGGCAUGCAAUGGGAGACUUCGAGCGGGAAAACUAGUAAGUUUAUCUCUGCGGGCUUAUAUUAUGAUGUGUAUCAGGUACGGAUGUAUGUAUGUUUAGUUUUACAGUAAAAAGCAAGGACUACGAUAAGCGAUUCUGAUGCGCA